GACAAGGUGAGCAAGGCUGUGCGCUAGCACACUGUCUCUGACCCGCAGACCCCGGCACAGGGGAGGCUCGGGCGGCCCCCAGCGUGCGGAGGAGCAGCUGCCACCCGUGUGCGGGGCAUGAGGGAGCCCCGUUCUCCAGGCGCCCCCGAGGAGAAGGCCCCUCCACCCGGAAGCGCAGGCCAUGUGGGGCUCCCAGGGGCUGUUUCUGCUCUGCUUCCUGGUGCUGGCGGCUGGCGGCAUCGAGCGUGUCUACCGGCCUGGCCGCAGGGUGUGCGUCCUCGGGGCGCCCAGGGCCGCCGUGUCCGAGUCCUUCGUGCAGCGUGUGUACCAGCCCUUCCUCACCACCUGCGACGGGUACCGGGCCUGCAGCACCUACCGGACCCUUUACAGGACUGCCUACCGCCGCAGCCCUGGGCCGGCCGCCGCCCGGCCUCGCUACGCCUGCUGCCCCGGCUGGAAGAGGACCAGCGGGCUGCCCGGGGCCUGCGCAGCAGCAAUAUGCCAGCCACCGUGCCAGAACGGAGGGAGCUGCGUCCAGCCCGGCCGCUGCCACUGCCCUGCAGGGUGGCGGGGCGACACCUGCCAGACAGACGUGGAUGACUGCGGCGCGGCAGGCGGCGGCCGGCCCCAGCGCUGCAUCAGCGCCGCGGGCGGUCACUGGUGUCCGUGUCGGGAGGGACACGGCCCGUCUGCCCGCCUGCCCGAGAGAGGCGCCCCCAGGGUGGCCCCGCACCCCGCGACAGGCGUGGACGGUGAGGUGAAGGAGGAAGUGCAGAGGCUUCGGUCCAGGGUGGAUGUGCUGGAGCAGGUACUCUGGCGCCUCGGCCCGGAGCGCCCAUCGUCGCCCGUGCUGUGGAGCCGACCCUCGGGGGGGGGGGGCACCCGUGGCCUGGCGCCCUGCUGGGCAGGGGCAGCGGGCGACGUCUGGGACCCCAGGACAGGAGGGGCCGGGGACACACAGGGAACCAGAACUAGGCCCAGCCCACCCACCUCCGUCCCUGCGGGGACAGAGUGCCCCGCGGCCUUGCCACAGGGUCCUUGGCCUACGACCCCUCAGCAGCCCCCGUCCGCGCCUGCUAGUUCCCCCGACCCGGGGUCCGCUUGGGCAGUCCGGCCCGUGUGACCGCGUCCGUGCCCACCCGCCCCGGAGCGCUCCUGGCCCGGACGCUCCCUCUGGUGGACGCCCAGGGCCCUGCAGCUAGGACCGGGUCUGGGGGCGGGCGGGGCCUUUGCUGGCCACGCUCCUGUCCUUACGUCCUUGUGGAACAGAGGGCGAGGGGCCGGCCCAGGGUCACACGGGCCCUUCCCCACUGCCCUCUGCCUGCCCCGCAGAAGCUGGAGCUCGUGCUGGCCCCGCUGCACAGCCUGGCCUCGCGGGCCCUGGAGCACGGGCUCCCCGACCCGGGCAGCCUCCUGGCCCACUCCCUGCAACAGCUGGACCGCAUCGACUCUCUGAGCGAGCAGAUCUCCUUCCU